AUGGGCGAUCCACCAUGUAAGAGUGAGGUGGAGAAGGACAUUCUAGGAGAUGUCACCACAGAGAAUUCCAGUAAAAAUAUUAAGAGCAAAGCUAUAUUAUCACUAAAUUAUAAAGAAGAAGAUGAAGAUGUCCUGCAGCUCUCCUCAGGAGAAAACCUCAUUACACUUAAUGUACACCCAGGACUUCACAGUACAGAUCUAUUACAUAAUCCCCCUCAUCAUGAAGAAACUUCUCCUGACCAAUUACAGAUUGUUACCACAAAUACAGGUCAGAAAGGGGAUAAAAGGUUUCAGGGUGGUAAAGAGUGUACAGAACAAUCAAGACUUUCUACACACAGAAAAAUUCACACAGCAGAGCAGGAAUGUGGGGAAUGCUUUACAAGUAAAACAGAUCUUGCUAAACAUAAGACAAUUCCUACAGGAGAGAAGCCAUAUUCAUGUUCACGUUGUGGGAAAUGUUUUACAGAAAAAUUCUGUCUUGUUAGACAUGAAAGGAUUCAUACAGGAGAGAAGCCAUAUUCAUGUUCAGAGUGUGGUAAAUGUUUUGCAGAUAAAUCCAAUCUUGUAACACAUGAGAGAAGUCACACAGGAGAGAAGCCGUAUUCAUGUUCAGAAUGUGGGAAAUGUUUUGGACAGAAAUCAAAUCUUGUUACACAUCAGAGAUGUCACACAGGAGAGAAGCCAUAUUCAUGUUCAGAAUGUGGAAAAUGUUUUAGACGGAAAUCAAAUGUUGCUAAACAUGAGAGAUGUCACACAGGAGAGAAGCCAUAUUCAUGUACAGAAUGUGGGAAAUGCUUUAGACAGAAAGAAGAUCUUGCUAAACAUCAGAGAAAGAAACCAUAUUCAUGUUCACAAUGUGGGAAAUGUUUUACACAGAAAUCAAAUGUUGCUAAACAUGAGAGAUGUCACACAGGAGGGAAGCCGUAUUCAUGUACAGAAUGUGGGAAAUGCUUUAGACAGAAAUCGGAUCUUGCUAAACAUGAGGGAAGUCACACAGGAGAGAAGCCAUAUUCAUGUACAGAAUGUGGGAAAUGCUUUAGACAUAAAUCGGAUCUUGCUAAACAUGAGAUAAGUCACACAGGAGCGAAGCCAUAUUCAUGUUCAGGAUGUGGGAAAUGUUUUACACACAAAUCAAGUCUUUGUAUACAUAAGAGAAUUCACACAGAAGAGAAGCCAUAUUCAUGUUCAGAAUGUGGGAAAUAUUUCACACAGAAAUCAAAUCUUGUUAAACAUCAGAAAUUGCACACUGGAGAGAAACCAUAUUCAUGUUCACAAUGUGGGAAAUGUUUUACACAGAAAUCAUCUCUUGUUAGACAUCAGAGAAUGCACACAGGA